AGCUCACUGUGCAAGCUCACUGUGCAGACCCCAUACAUUUUGAAGGCAUCACGCAAACGUGGGUGGGGUCGUUCAGAUGCGCAGCCAGACACAAAUGUGCAUCAUACGACUAAACCUCAAGUGCAUUUGUACUCAACCCGUGCCUGCUUUGUGUGACCGCUAAGAAAACGAGCCCGUCUUAGUUUUGUAAGUACGACUUUACAUUUCUUUUUUGUACAUUAUUUGUUUUAUAUCAUGGCAUGGCCGUGCAUUACGCGUGCUUGCUGCAUCAAUCGCUUUUGGAGCGAGCUGGACAAAGCGGACAUCGCUGUGCCUUUGGUUUUCACCAAAUACUCGGAUGUGGCUGAGAUGCAGCAUGUGGCGCAUCAUCCGCAGCCCAGGCCGACCCGCGCCGCUGCUAUUGCCAUAGAAACCCAGCCUUAUUCUGGGGAGCAGGAGCAGACCGCAAAGGCACCGCCCGCUAAAGAUGGCUCUUCUGCGUCCGUCAUGCGCCAAGACUUCAAGGCGUGGAAAGUGCGCCCUGAGCCCAGCUGCAAGCCCAGAAACGAGUACCAACCAUCACCGACCCCGUUCAUCACUGAAACUCAGUACCAGAAGGACUACAAACCCUGGCCCAUUCCGAAGAAACAUGACCAUCCCUGGAUUCCUAAAUCCGCAGAUGCGGAGAGUGGGCCUGAGAAAAGUGAGUUAGAAGAGAAGGUGCAUGAGAAGGAAACCAAAGGUACGAAGAGGGGACCGUCCGAGAAGAGGGGACCGUCCGAGGAGAGGAAAGCUGCGGACAAAUCCGAGAGCCAGGUGUGCGCAGAGGUGAGCGCCGAGCAGCGCAAGGGCCGAGCGGCAGCAGACGCACUCAACAGGCAUAUCAAGGAGGUCAUGACCACCUCCAGCAGCUACAGGACAGAGUUUAAGGCAUACAAAGAUGUGAAACCUGCCAAGCCCAUCAAAGCUCCUUCUCAGUAUAAACCACCAGGGGAGGAGACCAGUCUGGAGACCAGCUACAGUGCCACUUUUAAAGGGGAGCAGGUCAAGUCUCAACCCACUGACAACAAGCUGCAGGAACGUCGUAGGAUACGCAGCCUUUACAGUGAACCCAGCAAGGUGGACAAGCCAGUGCCACGUGCUAAACCUAAAAAGACACCAACGACAACAACAGGAAAGAUGGUGAAAAAGGCAAAAGAAAAGCAGAUUUCUAGUUCUCUGUCAGUCAAGAAGAAAACAGGCGCUGCUGAACCCAAACCUGAAGGAGUAGUGACAAAGAGGAGCAAAGAGCUGAGUAAUAGACUGGCAGAGGCAAAGCAUUAGGUCUGUAAGGUGACACUUUUUCAAAUUUAUUUUGUUGACUUGUUUUUGCUGCCUUGUUGUUCACUGUUCACUUCACUCUAAUGAACACUUCUUCUAAUGCAGUCACGUUCCAGUAAUGAGAGUGUUUGGGAGCAACACACACAAUCUAGCUUUAUAUUUUGAGCACAUCAUUUGCACAUUUUAGCUAAGUUUAGUUUGACCUUAACUUGAAGAGCCAUGAGUAUACAUUCAGCAUGUGUA